UUAAUAUUAAAAAACGCAAUGAAUUUAUAACCUCAAAUUCGUGACGGAUAUGUUGAUUUCAGAAAAAUAUAAAUGAAUUGUGCUAAAAAGAGAUAAUUAAAUAUGACAAAGCCUCGCCCUUGUGGUUGCAAAGGAUGCAGAACUUGUUUGAUUUGUGAAACACAAUACGGUGCCGAUAAAAUAAAGCUACAAUUAGAACUAGAUAAAUCUAAAGGUUAUGUUUACUGCCCACUUUGUAAUAAAGCUUAUAAAGGUUGGGAUAUAGACUUAAACAAACAGCAUCCUAACCAUGAAGGAGAUUCUAUUGACUAUCCCGGAGUGUACAUACUACUAGAUUUCUUGUCUGAAGAGGAGGAAGAAAUUUUUAUGAAAAACAUUGAUGAUAUGCCGUGGGAUAUUUCUCAAAGUGGUCGGCGCAAGCAAAACUUCGGCCCAAAAACAAAUUUUAAAAAGAAGAAAGUAGUUUCAGGCAAGUUUGACGGUUUUCCCGCGUUUUCUAAGUUUAUACAAAACAGAUUUGAUAAUGUUCCCUUAUUAAAAGAUUAUCAGGUGAUAGAACAAUGUUCCUUGGAAUAUGACCCGAGCAAGGGGGCAUCUAUAGACCCUCAUAUAGAUGACUGCUGGAUUUGGGGCGAGAGAAUUGUCACAGUUAAUUGCUUAUCUGACUCUGUGCUGACUAUGACACCGUUUGAUGGUAGUCUUUCGAAAUACAAUCUCUUUUGUGCUGAACAGUAUCCUCCUGUUGUCAACUCUGAUGGAACUGUCAAUACCCAUGAAACUCUUAAUUGUGUAAAUGGUAGAAUGACCAUAGAAGCCACACAACCAGUGAACAAAAUGGAUGUUAUUGUUAGGAUACCCAUGCCAAGACGGUCCCUCCUAGUGAUCUACGGAGAGCCAAGAUACCAUUGGGAACACUGUGUGCUCAGAGAAGACAUUACAUCUCGCCGAGUAUGCAUAGCAUAUAGAGAAUUCACUCCACCUUACUUACAGGGUGGAGAAUAUGAAAAAAUUGGAGAUGAUGUCAGAGAAAAAGCUAUGCUGUUUUGGGAUCACAAAACUAAGUUUGAGGAUCAUGAGAGACGCAUAGAAGACAACUGAAGUGAGCCAGUGUUUUUUUUUUGUAUAUUUAUUUAUACUCAAUACAUUAUAUUGUAGAUUUUAUACACUUAUUCAUUUCUUAGUUCAGAAAAACUUAAAACAUAAUUAAGUUGUAAUAUUUUAUUCCAUAUGUCAGUGACUUAAUGUACAUAUUUAUGAAUGUUAUGAUCAAUUUUUUUGUCUGUGAAUUCUGUGAUAGGUAUGAUAAGUAACUUUAAUUCCUUUCCUAUCAAUAAAUCUAAAAACAUGUAAGAGGUGUAUCUUUUAUAGUUUCUGAAUUAGUCAUUAAUUUAUCUGCUAGGUGGAGGUACAUUACCUUGUAGCAUUACCUUGUGUUACCUCCUUCAAUUGUGUAUGAGUAUUAUACUAGUUACUGCAUGGUAUCAGUAUGAAUUCUAGAAUAUUCAAUUAAUAGUAGAUAUACCAUUAAAAUUGCAGCUUCGGUGUUGUUUUUAUAGAUAGGUAAGCAAUUACGUCGUUUUGCUAAUUGCAAUGUAAGUUUUGUAUUACAAUGUAAGGCUAACAGAAGGCUAGGAGGAAUGAGGAUUCAUACAUACGUACAUACAUAAACUCACGCCUAUUUCCCACCGGGGUAAGCAGAGACUUUAGUCUAUUCCAUUUACUUCAAUCCUGACACACUUCUCUUGCUUCAUUCACAUUCAUCUGACGAUUCAUAGGUCGUAAUAAAUCUCCCAUUUUUAUAUAUUUUUUAUUUUUUUAACAAUAUGAUAACAUCUACAAUAAACAUACUUAGACAACAUUAAUAUUCUUAUUCUAAAAUACUUCACUGCUCUUCUGCACACAUAUGUGAUAGGAAUAUGACACUAGUAUAAAACAUUGGAUGUUCACGCAAUUUGAAACGAAUAAAUUGAUUAUGAUUAAAAUAGAACGCACGGGCACAGACAAGACGGCGAUG